AUGUUGGACCACCAACUUUAUUUUACAUUUUCAUCAGUUGAUAUGCACUGGCCUGAAUUACACGCACUCUUUGGUAGUGAAAAUGAUCGCACAGCUGAGCACAGGCAUCAGAAUGUUAUAAGCAAUCUUCAUAUUACUGAUUGGUUUUUCGCUUAACGCUUGGAAAAUUUUAUCAAGUUUUGGUUGUAUAAUUCACUGGAUGCAGAGUGGCACUGGUACAGAUUUGAAUACCAAGCAAGGGGAGGUAUUCAUGGCCAUAGAGUUGCUAAACUUGAAAAUGAUCCAGGGCUAUGUACACUGUUUGAAAAAGCUCUUAAAGGCUAUUUAGCUGAGAUGCCAGUAAAUAAUGCGGACCCAGCUGAUUUAUUAGUGGUCCGUCGGAUGAAAACCAAAUUACGAGGCUCUGAAGAAUCCCGAAUCGUAUAAAUUUUACAAGAAUUUUAUUCGAUCUGAAACAAUAAAAUAAAUAAGAUUCCUAAACAACAGAACCUAACCAAAAAUAAGAGACCUAAGCACAUCAUAUAAUCUUAAAAACACGAACAGAUUUAACCGCUAAUUACAUGCGGUCUUACAGAAAUUACACUCACAGAAAUCAACGCGAAUAAUUGAAUGUAACAAAGCCUAAGGAAACCAAAAACGACUUAAAACAACUGACUUACUUCGUGACGGGAUUCCAGAGUUAAACUAAACUGUGUAAUCAUCAAAAACGGGAAAGCUAUCCUGAUUCAUACCUCCGACACGACACGUGUAAAAACUAACUAAAAACCAUCAACUUACUCAUAUUUCAGUGUCAAUCAAGGUGAUCAAUAAGUGAAAAGAAAAAGUGAAAUAUUAAACUAAAUAAACUUUUAAACGUAACGCAAAUGCCACGCGAGCAAUGUUCUUCUCGAAACAAUCAGAACUAAAUUGACAGAGUUGUGAUGGUAUAAAAGCAUCAGAGAUUGUCUGCUAG